AUGGGGGAGACGGAAGACUCCCGCCACAACGAAAUUACCCCAACGACAGUACUUUUCUCACGCGGGAAUCCGGAGGCGUUUGAAACCAGCGCACACCGUAUAUGUUUCCCGGGGUCUGUGGCUUUCCCUGCGGGGUUUCCAACGGCGCUGAAUCGCAGCUGGGUAGAGCAGGAACCCGCUCCGGACACAAUGACCAAUGGUAGAAAUAUACAUAUAACAAGCAAUGCUAUCUGGUUGUCCGGGUUCGUUCGCUGCGGACAGAUAGACCCACCGGUGAGCUAUAGCGUAUGCACACGUAGGUACGACGGAGACUACGGCGGGACUGUGGCAUGA